AUGAUUCUUGUGGAGAGUGUCAAAGAGGCCAUGGAUUCGGUCCUGUCUUUCACCAAAUCUGCGGAAGAGCUGCUGAGGAGAAAGAAAGUUUAUCGUGAGCUUAUAUUUAAAUAUCUUGCCAACGAAGGUGUUAUUAUGCCCUCAACAAGUGAAAAGCACGCACUCAUUAAAAAGACCUUGGAGCUUUGGUCAUCUAGGCAGACAACUAAACCACAAGGACAGACCGGCAACAAUCAAGAUGAAAAACGUACAGAAACAGAUUCCACAGAAGUAAAAACGGAUCCAGAUUUUGAUCUUCAAAUCCUCGGCCAGCAAUUCUGUCAGUGGUUUUUUGGACUUUUGAACAGCCAAAACCCGGCUCAGAGUCAAGGGCCUCAAGACUGGGGACCUGAACACUUCUGGCCAGAUGCUAAACUCAAUCUUCUUGCACGAGUCAGUGGAGAACAGAUGGAAGAGUUUGUUGGUGCGGACGUGGUCAGUUCCCGUCUCGUGGCAUUGACCCGUGAAGAGCGUCUGUUAUUUCAGCCGAACCUGGAGGGCCACGGUCUAAAGGGUCUGUCGUCCCCCCACGGCCUGGUGCUGGUGGCUGUGGCCGGGACCAUCCACAGAGACUCGUCUUGUUUGGGAAUAUUUGAGCAAAUAUUUGGACUCAUCAAAUCUCCUGUGAACAACACGUGGAAAAUAAAGUUUGCUAACUUGAAAAUCCGUGGCCAGGAUGCCAUCACUGACAAAGAUGUGUCUGCUCCAGCACUGACUUAUAACUCAAGCGACUUACAGCUUAUCUGUAGUGGAAACUAA